GCAGGGUGGCCGGACCCGCCGCUGCCUCGACCAAGUGCGCGGGCUCCCGUCCAUCUUAUUACCUAGCACUAUCCGUCCGUGACUUCAUGCCUGCCAGAGGCCCUUCGUUACCUCAUAAACAGCACGCGCGCAACCUGCGAGCAAAGCGCACCACGGCCAUCGCCCGCCGCCGACCGCUGCCGUUCAGCAUCCCGCAAAAUGAACGCCCUCUUGCGGUGACGGCCGAGUUUUGCGAACCCCCAUCAUCAUACCUGGGCGUCCGGCCGGAUCGAAGGCAGCCUCACACUCGCCUGUUCCCUGCCACCGCCCGCCCGCGUUUCUGUCACAGCCGCAUCUGCCGCCGAAAACCUCCGGAGCCGCGAGACGUGCGACGCUUGGCUCCUGCCUACACGACUCCUCCGCCUCCGAACAGUCCAUAUAUAGUUGGUGUACGCUGCCUUGCUCCUCCGAGCGUCGUUUGCCGUGGCCCUGAGUGCUUGGCCGUCCUGUCCUGUCUGCCCCCGCGAACGGCCAAGAGUCGGAACGGCGGCCGAGGCCUCACGCAUUGGCAGUACCCUGAACCUUGCACGCCGUGUGCCUCGACGUCAAAAGGAGCCUCGGCUCGGCCUGGUUGCGUGCGUUGCCGCCGUCGAGGCGGGCUCGGGGAGGCUGCGAGAGAGAGAGAGAGAGAGGAGAGUCGCGGUUCCGGGGCUCGGGCGUGCGCGGCCUCGUCGUUGCGCUGCGCUGCGCUGAACCGGUGGGAACCUGGAAGAGAACGUCAAGAGCUGCCAUCUCUGCUCGGGGCCCGCAGCACGGCGCGGCACGGCACAGCACGGCACAGCACAGAGAAAUACCCAUCUCAAGCACGGCAGCGCAACCAUUCACUGGUCUCGUCUGUUCUUUGCGGCCACCUCAGGCAUCUUAAGGUCCAGCCGUGCAGUGGCAAGUGCUCCACCUGCUCGCUCUCGCUCCUGCCCAAGCAACCGUCGCCAUGGCGUCUCCCGUGCCGGCCAUCUCCAAGCAGGAGGUGUCGAGUCUGUUGCGGCAGGUGCAAGGCAACAGCCUGUUCAACCGCCAGCUGUCGUCGGUCUGCCAGGUGAACGGGCUGAAGAGCACCGGGGUCAAGGCGGACCUCCAGGCACGCAUUGUCGACCUCAUUCAAACAACCGUCAACGCCAACGACGCCUCGCGGUUCCAGCAGGUGCGACAGAGCAUUCUCAAUGCUUCCGCACAGCGCGGAAGCCCUUCGUCAAAGAGCGUCACCUCUAGAGUUUCCAACGCGUCCACGUCUGCGCAGUAUCACGCCUCCAUGCCUGCGUUAAAUGCCAGCCAGGCGUUUAAUCGUGGUUACCAAAACGGUCAUUCGCCUGGUAGUCUGUAUGGCGUCGGCGCAUCCUCCCUCGCCUUUCGGUCGAGCCCCUUUUAUCAGAUUGAAGCACAGAUUGGCACGGUCCGAGCAUGUGAAGUCAUGUCGCAGCAUAGGAACACGAUAUCGAUUCCCAUCAGGCUCACCGACCAUGAGGCUCUUCGGCGGUGUCUUGGAGUCACGGGGUCCAAAAACACGCCGCACAAAGUCAUGGUAUUCUGUGCGAGCGACCCUCAUGGUUUGCAGGAUGUUGCUUUCCCGCACCAGUCGGAACUACGGGUCAACAAAGUCGACAUCAAAGCAAACCUUCGUGGCCUGAAGAACAAACCCGGCUCAACGAGACCGGUGGACAUAACCAAGGAGCUUCACCUCAGGUCGUCAUACGUCAACACGGUUGAGUUUACCUACGCGUUGACUCAGAAGAAAUUCUACUUGGCGGUCUAUGUGUGUAAAACGACUUCCGUCGACGAGCUCGUCAAUAUAGUUGCCACCCGCCGUCGCAUUCCCAAAAUGGCUGUUGUGGCUGAAUUGACCAAAAAGGCCCAAGAUCCCGACGUAGUAGCCACGUCCCAGGUCCUGUCGCUGAAGUGCCCGUUGUCAUACAUGCGGCUCGUGACGCCCUGCCGUGGCCUCGCCUGCACGCAUAUUCAAUGUUUUGAUGCCACGUCCUACCUCCAGCUUCAGGAACAGGGACCUCAGUGGCUCUGUCCUAUUUGCAAUAAGUCUGUGCCAUUUACUCAGCUGGCCGUGGAUGAUUAUGCAAAAGACAUACUGGAGAGUACGCCGAAGAGCCUAGAGUCGGUCACAAUUGAGCCAACUGGCCAAUGGUCAAUCAAGACAGCUCAAGAAUCUGAUCAUGCCGACGGCAUAAAUGGAGCUUCAGUGGACGACGACGACCUCGUGGAGAUAUCAGAAGUCAGCAUCGUCGGUCGACGGUUCGAGACACCCAAGAACGUCACGCCGCGAGUCAGCACACCUGCCUCUUCUGGCAGAGGCAGCUCAGCCAACGGCCCCAGAGGCAUUGCAUCGACCAGCGCCAAACGACCAGCGCCAACUAUCAUUGACCUGACGGGAGACUCGGAUGACGAUGAUGAUGAGCCCAUUCAGCGCCCUCACAAGAGGCAAGCUACGUCAGCGAAUAGUAGUGGUCGCGAUUCCGGCAGUCUCGCAUUCCCGGGCCCUGAUCCCGUGUUCUUCCGAAUGCCUUGAGGGGGCAUGAUGUGGUAGCAGGACCCCGGGGGUCGUUUGGAAGUCCCAUAUGUCGCAGCCGCAGAAAAGAUGGCGGGCGGCUAUUAUUUGAAUUUGCGUUUCAUGGCAAGGUGGCAACGGCGUUCGGCAGGUGGACGGAAAAUACAGAGAUUCCCCUUGAUUUUGUUGCCGGUGUUGAUAGCUCGAUUGGCAUCAGUGGGGCGUUUGGUCUAUGAGGGGAGAGUUGAAGGAAGCUGCGGGGAAAAGCAGACAUCCAUGACGGUCGGUGGAAGAAUAUCAUAAGAUACACCAAACAGCGACGAGACUUCUAAAUAAUCACAGAUGCUCACACAAUACUGGUGCUGCUGUCCCGAAGGCCUGCUUGUCACAUCAUCGCUUGGCUAGAGUUUGGUAUAAUAUUGUUUCGUUGUCGCAGAGCAGCAAUGGGUGAACGAGGCCCGUGACAGAGUAACUAGUCUCGUACACGCACGCGCUACCUACCGAGUAACUCAGGUGGUUCUCAUUGCCAAGUUUUCUAAAAGUUAUUGGAC